AAGACUGAACCGGUCAAAACCUAACGUACUAAAGCGUAUCACCGUCUGGUCAGAUUACCGAUUAAAACACUCUCCACCUGUGAUUGCCGGUCAUCGAUUCAUGGCAUUUAUUUAGCAAGAACCCAUGUUUAGUUCCGCACUCACUUGCUAAAACCCAAACUCUGUUUCUUUACUUUACCCUUUUUUUUUGCUUUCUGUCUAGAGUAAGAUCUCUGUUUUGAUUUCCUUUUCAGAGAGAAAUGGAGCAAACUGGUGUUGGGAUGACAUUUUCUGACUUAGGGCAAACGAGAGUUUACCCGUCGUUGUCCGAUUCAUUGGCGGAGAGGUAUCCGGUAGGGUUCAUGGAGUUACUAGGUGUUCAUCAUCAUCAAGACAGCUCUCGUGAUGUUAUGACCCAUAUGCCGCCGAUGCAGCUAACGGCAACACCUAACCCGUCGUCGUCCAUCUCUUAUGCUUUGUCCGAAGCUGUGACCGGAGAGGAAAAUAAUAGAUACUACCAGGAACAUGAAGAUGGCCAAGAAGAACAGAAUCAUAAGAGAAAUAAGCGGUUUAAAUCAACGAAGAGGAGUGAACAGACGAAAAUGAGAGUGCCAAGAGUGUCAUUCAUCACCAAGAGCCAAGUUAAUAACCUAGACGAUGGUUACAAGUGGAGAAAAUAUGGUCAAAAACCUGUCAGAAACAGCCCUUUUCCAAGUUACUACCGUUGCACUAUAUCUUGUUGUAAUGUGAAGAAGAGAGUGGAGAGAUCAUUCACUGACCAAAGCAGUGUAAUCACCACCUACGAAGGUCAACACACGCAUCCUAGACCACUCAUCUUGUCUAAGCAAGGCAGCUUCGGAUCUGAUGGCUCAGCUUCUGAGGCCUACUUUGACCUGACCCCUACACUCCCUCCUCAGCUUUUCGAUUAUAACAACCAUCAUCAACAACAAGAUCAAGAAUUGUCUCUUUUUGGAACCGAGUACCUUAGCAGGCAAGGCAAGAAAUUUAAUCAUGACGAUGAAGAUGAUGAUCAUGUGAUUAAGACGAGUCGAACUCAGGAUCUGCUGGAUGGAGCUGGUUUAUCCAAGGACCAUGGCCUUCUUCAAGAUGUUGUUCCAGCUCAUAUCAUUAAGGAGUAAUAUUAGUUAAUCGCGUAAUGAAGUUGCUAAGCUAUUUUCCUUAAUAAAAAAAAUGCCAACAACGAAAAAAAUCCCUUAGCAAGCAAUCUUGAAUGAAUAUGAAGAUGUAAAAUUUCCAAAAUCUUUUGAUGGUAGGAUUAUGUGCCGUCACUUGCAUUUGAUCAUGAUGAGUUUUAAUUAAGAUUUCUUCAAUUUAAA